ACUUAGUGUAUCUCUACACAUAGGCAGAGAGAGAAGAAGAUAUACAUCUGUGGAUAUUAGUAGUCAGCUGAAAACAAGAAGAGGUGAGAUAGAUAGGGUUAUUUAAGGAGCAAUUCCUAAUUAAAGGUUAUAGAGAGGGUAAACAGUGUGGUGAUGAUGGAAUGGACCAAGACUGUGUGUUUAGUGCUCUGGGCUUUCACAAUCAACUCUAUAGCAGAUGAAUUUAGGGAUCGUGCACUGAGCCUGAUGGCUGACACUCCACUUAUAGAUGGGCACAAUGACCUUCCCUGGCAGAUGAGGAGCUUGUUUAAUAAUCAGCUCAACACAGUGGACUUAUACACACUAAACACCACACACACCAACAUCCCAAAAAUCAAAGAAGGGCGCCUCUCCGCACAGUUCUGGGCAGCUUAUGUACCAUGUGAAACCCAGUACAAAGACGCAGUCAGACAGACCUUGGAGCAGAUUGAUGUGGUCCACAGGAUGUGUGAUCAAUACCCAGAGGUUUUCAAAUUUGCUGCUAGCAGUGAAGAUAUAAUGCAAGCCUUUAGUGAAAACAAAACAGCCAGUCUGAUUGGAGUGGAAGGUGGACAUUCGAUUGACAGCAGUUUGGGGGCCCUGCGCACUAUGUACCAGCUGGGCGCCCGGUAUCUCACGCUCACACACAGCUGCAACACACCCUGGGCAGACAACUGGCUGGUGGACACAGGAUCUGAUCCUGUACAGCAUGAUGGUUUGUCUGAAUUUGGCAAGCAAGUGAUCCGAGAAAUGAACCGGAUUGGAAUGAUGAUUGACCUGGCUCACGUGCCUGUGAAGGUGAUGAAGCAGGCGCUGGAGAUCUCCGAAGCCCCUGUGAUCUUCAGCCACUCUUCCGCCUACAGCAUCUGUAAUCACAAGAGGAAUGUUCCUGAUGACGUUCUUAUGGAAGUGAAAAACAAGGAGGGGAUUGUCAUGGUUAAUUUUUAUAAUGAUUAUGUAACCUGCCAAGCGGUUGCUAGCAUCUCGCAUGUGGCUGAUCACUUUGACCAUAUCAAGAAAGUGGCUGGCGCUAGUAUCAUUGGAUUUGGAGGAGACUAUGAUGGUGUGCCAAGGACGCCAGAAGGUCUAGAGGACGUGUCAAAGUACCCAGACCUGGUGGCUGAACUUCUUAGACGUAAAUGGACAGAUGAUGAGAUCAGAGAUGCUCUGGGAGGGAACCUGUUAAGAGUUUUCAGAAAGGUGGAGGAGGUAAGAGACCGCAUGAAUGGAGCCAAACCAGAUGAUACACCCAUCCCUCUUAAAGAAGUCCAAAACCCCUGCAGGACAGACUAUGGUUAUAAAUCCAGUUCAACACGCACACAGUCUUUUUAUCCACUUGUCUUGGUUCUGACACUGCUAAACAAAUUAUUCUAAUCAACCUUUGCUUGGGACCUUUGAUAAAGAGUUGGCCUCAAGUUUAGUUGAAAAUAGACCUUAGCAGGCUUUUUUAGAGUAAAAUACUGGCCAUUUUACAAUUGUUUACUCUGAAAAUUACAACGAGGGUUAACAGUGUAGACUAAAUAAAGAAAAAUUAAAAUUUAUUUAAAAUUUAGCUUUUUACUUUUGACUAAAAUGAUGACUUAAUGGUGAAAUGACUUAGCCUAAAUAACAGAUGUCAGAUGUCUGUUCAGUGACUUGCCAGUCAAAUGUUUGGACACACAUGUUCUUUAUUAUUAAUAUUUUCCUUAUUUUAGAAAAAUAAUAAUGUCUUCAGAACUAUGAAAUAACACAAAGGGAAGUAUGGGAAUUAUGCAAUGAAUGAAAAAUAUCAGUAUUUAAACAC